AUGGAAUGGCUGAGCGAGGAGUGGCAGCAAGCGGAGGACCACGACAACGAUAUGCACGCGGUAGAAGCCCAUAACCACCACCACCAGCAUGGAUCCAGCUUUCGCAGUCCUGUAGCGCUGGAUCGCCGCAGCACAGCCGGGAGCAGCACCAGCAAUGGGCCGGCGCCAAGUACCAACAGCUUUCGAAGCUCGUACGAGAGUUAUCACGAGCUACACGCGCCGUUGUCGCCUCCGUCACACCUUGUCCACCGCCAGUCGAGUCCCAGUGUCGUCUCCAGCCUCAACUACUCCUCCGUCCCUGGUGGAUGGAGUCCUCUCCAUCGCCAAACCUCGUCGACGCCGUCUCCGAGCCAGGUCGCCGCCGCGGCGAAUACGCGCGACACCUGCAGCGGCCGCAAUGAGCUCGCGCGUCGCUUAACCCUCCUCGCGCAGCGCCUUGCAUGCGACGACGACAUUGACGAGCUAGCGUUCGCUAGCCAGCUGGAGCAGAUGGAAAAGGCCGUCAGCCCGCCGUCGUCCCCGAACCCUCGACGACGACAGCUUCCACAGCACGAACAACGUCAAGCCGGCAGCUCGUCCAAUUCGCAGACUCCCAAUCCGCAGACGCCCAAGUCACCUCCACCGCGGAGCGAAACCGAAUCUGUGCUCGGCUCCCCGCUCUCCAUGAUCCGAUCGCAGUUUUCCGACUUGUCGCUGGUGUCCAUGCGCGAACGAGAGCGCGAACGCGAACAGGAGCGCCUGGCCGAGGAAGAGCGUGCGUCACGCGAACGAACAUGCAUCGCAGAAGCGCAGGCCAAGCAGCUGAUCGCUGAAGCCAACAAGCUCAACGAGGAGCUCUCACAGGUAGCCGAGAACCUGAAAGCUCGGCAAGAAGAGAUGGAACACAUCAACCUCCUCCUCGUUGAGCGCACCGAAAGAGCGGCGGAGCGCAUCGUCUUCCUGCAGAACCGCGUGGCCUACCUGGAGCGGGAGCUCGACGAGAAUGACGACGAGCUGCAGCACCUGCGCAUCUGCCUCAAGGCCGUCGAGAUCCAGCUUCCGCCCAACCCGGACGAGGAGCUCCAGCGUUGCAUCAACGUCUUCAAGGAGGACUUUCGCCAGCUCAAGCGGAGCCGCGCCAGCCGCGCCGCCAGCGUCGCCUCGUCCCGAACCUUCGUCACCUCGGCGCCGACAACGCCCAACCCGGGGAGCAAGCGGCUCCCCUCCACCUCCUAUCAGAUGUAUACGACACCACCACGAAACGACAUGAGUUAA